AUGGCGCAAUUCGUCCGAACGAAAUCGAUUCCACUAAUCCGAUUGGCGGGAGAGGAAGCCCAUUCUGUGGACGAUCUCAUAGAGAAGGCCUGCGAGCUGAAUGGAAUUCCUCCAAUUUAUAGAUAUCUUAUGGCACUGUACGAUCUGAAAGCGAAAGCUUAUCUCGGAGCUCACGAGAGCAUUGGAGGAGACGGAGGGGAAUUCGAGCUUCAAUUGCGGAUCCGAUUUCAUCCGGGAUGUGCUAGUCGCAUAGAGGAACCGAACACCCGCAACCUGUACUAUCAUCAGAUGCUUUAUUACCUUUUCGACGAGUUCAAAGUAAAGGAAUACAGUCACAAGCUGGUGAGUCAUCUCGUCGGUUUCGUUGCGUUGGAUUACGUGAGGCAACUGAUCGAGAGGGGAGAGGCUCCCUCGGAUGAGAAAACCGCAGAGCUCCUGGAAUCGACCGCUCUGCCUGCGGACUGGAAG